AUGGAGAGCACGAGGCGGAUUCGAGUAGUGUUCAAAGAUGGUGAUGUUUUGAGCGAAGCCCAGAAAUCAGAGGGACUGAAUCGAAGUUGGGUUUUACUGAAAAUCAAUGAGCAGAAGACCAUUUCUGACGUUGUUUCUCAUCUUCUAAACACUUUUCAGCUUCAAAAUUCGUGCCCCCAUGGGCUCCUUCUUUCUAUUGGUGGUUUUGUGUUGCCAGCAUUCGAGCCUACCUGCAUCCUGAAGGAUAAAGAUAUAAUCAGAGUGAAGAAGAGAGAAAACACUUUGGUUGUGAAGGGAACCAAUAUUUCUGCUUUAGCUGAGAAAUCGAAAGCUCUGGAGAAGCAACCUUUAAAUAGUGGGGUCUUGCUUUUAGCCAAUGAGGAGUUCGAGAAAGAAAAAGGAGGUUACAAGAGCGAAGAACCUGAAGAGGAGGAUGGAGAGCCAUUUAAAGAUUUCGAAGGCACAUCAGGUGUAAAAGAUGUUUCCAAGAAAAGAAAAAGGAAAGCCGCAGAGGAAUGUCAGGACUCGAAGACGAAGAAGAAGAAGAAGAAGAAACAACGUACUGAGGCUCCUGAUAAUGUUACAUGUGAUGUUCAUACAGAAAAGAUUAGAUCUCAUCAAGAUGUUGUCAGAAUAGAAAAGAAGAGCCUUUCCAUAAAGGAAAAUACAGAUUUUAAGUAUACAGAAAAUGUUGAAAAUAAUGAAGACAUGAUGAGAAGUCAGAAGCGUAAGGAGAAUGGACAAGAGAUUGAGGGAGCAGGCCUUGCACCGCAGGAACCUAAAAAGAUUAGUAGAAAUAGUAAACGAGCCUAUGCUCGGAGGAAAUGGAAAAAGGAAAUGAUGAAAAUUCUGAAGGAAAAUGAAGCUUGUGAAGUGGAGGGGCUUCAAAAUAGGAAAAAGGGCCGAGGUAAAGCUAAAAGAAAUGAGGUGGCAUGUCAAUCAAAGGGACAGCGAAGUUGGAGAAAGGAUCGAGCUAAAACUGAAAGAAAUGAGGUGGAUGGCCAACCAAAGGGGCUGCUACAUUGGAAGCAAUUGUCUGGAAGUAACACAUCCAAAACAUCCGAAAAAUGUCAGCAACAAACUCAAACAACAGAUUUACACGAAGAUCCACAUCAAAAUGGGGAAGUGCAUGAAGCGCCAAUUCAAAAUGGUGAAGUGCUCGAACAGCCAAAUCAAAACGGCAAUACGUUGGAAUGGUCAACUGAACUUGUGGAGGAGGCUGAAGUUGUUCCCAUUGUAGUAAGGCCAGGACACAUUCGCUUUGAACCUUUGGAGAAAGAGCAUGCUGUGGAACAAAAUCAACUACCAACGGACACCCUCCAGUGGAAUGGAAUUACCAGCAAGAAAAAGGGCCAGAAAUGGGGGAGGGAGAAACAUGCAUUCACUCCAAGAAAUGAUCGUAAAGAUUCAAAUGAAGAUUUUUCUGAAAUAUUGAGUGAUGCAAAGGAAAACCUAUCAGAUGAAGGAAUUGACUUUAAUAAACUUCCACCCCUUGUUGACGAGCCUAAGGAAGGAGACUUAAUUGCGUAUCGUAUUCUGGAGUUAUCAUCGUCGUGGACCCCUGAGCUUUCAUCUUAUCGGGUUGGAAAAGUAUCCUGGGUCAAUACUGAAUCCCGUCAAACUAUGCUGAUGCCAGUACCAGAAUAUCCUGUUGUUUCCAAGAAGUUGGAUGAGGAUGAAUCUGCCGCUCAACCCGAUAACCCCCUAUACAAUGAAGAUGGAUCACUGGAGAUUGAUUUAUCAUCUCUUGUUGACAUCCGUAUCGUCAAAGGAGGCAACACAGGUCCGAGGAAUACGACCCCUAGUUACGACAAUGAAGGUCCUGUAGGCAAUGAAAAUGCUGGAGAACUUGAGUUGCCUAGCGGUAAAGAUAAACAAUUAUGUGCUCCAGCCCCAGAUCACGCAGAGUUAAACUGUGGUAAACAAACACAACCUCCAACUAUAGGCAACGGAGUAAAUGCAUGGGAUGAAAUUAGCGCGACUCUGAAUGCCAAGAAAGCGCAACUAUUGCGGGAAAAUAGUUGCGGUAAACAGAGUUCAGGCAAGAAAUCAUGGUCAUAUAAAGCUUUGAGAGGCAGUGCACUCGGCCCUACAAUGGCUAUUUUAAGAUCAGAAAAAGAGAUUUGA